CCCUUAUAAAAUCUCGUCUUCCACCCCCGCCUCGCUCAGUCGCACUUCCUCCGGCGGCGGCAACUCGACGGCCAACCGCGCCACCCUGCCGCGGCAGCCAUGGUGCAUGUUAACUUCUACCGCAACUAUGGGAAGACUUUCAAGAAGCCAAGGCGGCCGUAUGAGAAGGAGCGCCUAGAUGCUGAGCUGAAGCUGGUUGGUGAGUAUGGCCUGCGGUGCAAGCGUGAGCUGUGGCGCGUGCAGUAUGCCCUGAGCCGUAUCAGGAAUGCAGCCAGGGAGUUGCUCACCCUGGAUGAGAAGAACCCACGCCGUAUCUUUGAGGGCGAGGCGCUCCUCCGUCGCAUGAACAGAUAUGGUCUUCUUGGCGAGGGACAGAACAAGCUUGAUUACGUGCUUGCCCUCACUGUUGAGAACUUCCUCCAGCGCCGCCUCCAGACCAUCGUCUUCAAGAAUGGCAUGGCCAAGUCCAUCCACCAUGCUCGUGUCCUGAUCAGGCAGCGCCACAUCAGGGUGGGAAGGCAGCUCGUCAACAUCCCCUCGUUCAUGGUCAGGGUCGAAUCAGAGAAGCACAUCGACUUCUCCCUCACCAGCCCUCUGGGUGGUGGUCCUGCCGGAAGGGUGAAGCGGAAGAACCAGAAGAAGGCCUCAGGGGGCGGCGACGCUGAGGAGGACGAGGAGUAGAGGGCCACGUAGGGAUUCUGCGACCGCAAUUGGUUGAAAUGUGAGGUGGACACUUUAGUUGUUGUGCCUGAGUGUGUUUGUUCAUUGUAAUGAAUUCAGAAAUUCUACUGUGGUAGACAAUUUUGCACCCCCACUACUGACACUCCUGUUUAAAUUUAAACAUUGGCAUCGUGUCUAGACAGGAUGAAUUGUAUUCUGGUUUGGCCGUUUGGGUGGCUAUUUGCUAGUUUGGUCUUUAGGCCAAUGUUUAAGACUGAAA